AUGUCUAAGCGUCCUACUAUUGUUAAACAAGCAACUGAAGGGUCAAAAAAGAUUGUUAUGAAACAGUGGAAAGAAAGUAAUAGUGGAGUAGAUAAAUAUGAAAUUGAUGCUAUUGAACAAGUUAUGCCAUCUGGUAGUAUUUUAAUGAAUUUUGAAAAUACUAGAGCAGAAAUGGAGAAAGCAAUUGGAGCAAAAAAUCUUCAAAGUGUAAAUUUAUGGAUUUGUCCACCAGUAGAAAAUUUUGAUAAAAUAAUAAAUCAAGGAUGUGAAAAUACUCUUUCUGAGUUUAAUGCAUUCUUUACUAAAGACGUUCAUAUUGCUAUAAAAGAUGGUUACCAUCCUUAUAGAGUAAUUCUUUGUCGUGUAGUUUUAGGAAGAGAAGGAAGAGAUUAUGUUGUUAAAUAUGGUAAAUAUCUUCUUAAAAAAGUAUGUGCUAUUCCUGCUUUUAUAGUUACUUUUACUGUUUGUAUUGAUGAAGUUGUAGCUCGUUCUUCAGUAGCACAAAAAGAUGAAGUAUAUGAACAAUUAAUUAAUAACAGUCAUUUAGCUGUAAGUAAAGAAAAUUUAGUUGUUGAUAUUGAUGAUGAAAAGUCAUCAACUCAAUCUAAUUCUAAACCAACAAGUCAACCUUCAUCUCAACCUGUUACUCCUCAAAAAACAGUGAAAUUAGAAGGUCAAAAAUUCUGUGAUAAUUGUGGUGAAUUAUGUCCUGCAAGUUCUAAAUUUUGUGGUUCUUGUGGUCAUAAAUUUUAG